AUGAAGAGCACUGCAGUUUUGGCGUUUGCCUUGGUAACUCUGUGUGUUAUGGAAUGCUAUGUAUCAGGUACAAACAUUUAUUAUUAAGUUAUUGUUAGAUUUAUUAUUAUUAGAUUUUGUUAACUAGUAGGCCGACAGGAAUCUUUCACGUGCAACAAGAAUAUGACCGUCAAAAAUAAACUUAUUUCUAGCCGUGAGUUUUAGAGCGACCUUUUUAAAAACAGUCCGGCUUUCAAAACAAGUUUUGCGUGAGUCUGGCAGCGAUACAAAUUUCGGUUAUUUUUAGUCUCUACCAACAGUUUGCCGAACUCUCAGUUACACACACACACACAUUAGUGUUUCCAAAAUGGUUGCCACAAAAAGACACUUGUUAGAUGUUUUGGCCCUCUGUGUAUGGAUCUAGUUAUUGCAAAACAUAAUUUAAAAAUGUCCUAACUUGCGGAGCUGAGCUUAUAAAAUCAUUACGUCUUUUUCAGCUGUUCACUUUAAGCGAAAGGAAGAACCACGAGUCGCUGAACACGACAGUCCAGGUAAGUUUAUUUUUUGUUUAUUUAUUUAUUUAGUCACUUACAAAACAUACAAACAUUAAGCGCAUUGAACAAUAGCUGUCAAAUAAAUUGUUAAAAAAAGUUAAUGUGACAAGGAAGCCUAACGAAUCCUAACUGAGAGCUCAUAUUCAUUAGCCACAGGAACGUGUGACGAACCCCUAAGAACGUCUGCGUGUGAGGCUACAUAUCCAUAGGCUUCCUUAAGGUAGAUCACUCAGUAAUUACCUGCUUGAGAACAGAGUAUAUAAACAUAAAACUUAAUAAGCGAAAGAAUGACCAUCAAUGAGAUAAUUCCAAGAUUUAAAAAAAAAAACAAAUGUGGGAGAAGAGUUGGUUAAUGAAAUAGGCAACGAAAUCCAGACUUUUUGGUCGCCGAUAAAGGAUACUGAACCGCUGAAUAUUCGUUCCACAAAAAUGAGGUCUACAGUAUAUACUUAUAGGCUAGUCAAGUUUCAUAAUGAUGAACCUGGCUACUACUUAGGGACCGUACUUUUAUUACGUCCCAGGGGAGGGGGGGUUGGUGGGGGUUUUGGGGGAUACAAUUUUCUAACAGGCUUGAUUUUGGGGGUCAAUUUUGAAAAUGCACAAAACGUGAGAGGGGUCGAAAUAUUAAGACACAGGGCUGGCCUUCUAUGUAACAGUUGUCAAACUAUAUUAUGGUUCUUUGCCAACAAUAAAAUGUUACCCGUAUAAAGCUUGGUCCAGAAACCUAUCAGCUAUUUCUGCUACCAGGAAUGUAGCGUGCAUGAAGGCACAUAUGCCUAUGCAUACAGCUGAAAUCCGGAAAAAAAUAUAUAGAUUUUCUUUUCCCGAAAGCAUUUAAAUCAUUAAAAUGGGAUAAAUAUUUCGCAUUAUAUUGGUGUUUUUGUGUUAGGAUUUCCUUUAUCCUUUUACUGAUUAAGUGAAAUGGAUCCGAAUGUGAAGCCACAGACCCUGCAAUGGUUGAGACUUUUGACCAUGCCAACUACAAUUCUAUCGCGGAGUAUAAUGUAGCUCUCAUAACUUUGUUGAUUUAUCCUGUCAACAUGCAUAGCUGAGCGUAGCUUCAGCGGUUUGAGGAGACUGCAAACUCCUUUACGAAGGACCGUGACAGACGAGAGACUGAGCUCUCUUGCAAUUCUGGACACGUGCAUACACAAGCACAAGGACGUAAUUGAUAGUGAUGGCAUUAUAACAGUUUUACCCGUCUGAAGGGUACACAUCUCGCCCGCUUGUAACGUCCUUGAUGGCGCCACGGUUUUACCCUUGUUUGCCGUAAACAGUUUAUACUUUAUCGAUCGUCUUUAUUUACUGAAAAUGGUAAAGAAAACGCAAGAGAUGGUACUUCCGAGACCUUAAAUUUGAAGAAUCUCCGGGGGAGCAUGCCCCCAGACUUCCCCAGGUUUCUUCCCCUGCGUGCACCUUCAAAAUCACACUCUACGCUGUCAACUACCGGCAUCUUAUAGCUUAUGAAAUCAAUGCCCAAGGAUGGAAGAAGAGACUUAGUCUAGAACGGUUUGGAGGGGGGGGGGGGGGGUCCCCCCCCCCCCCCCCCCCGACUGGGACGUAAUAAACGUACGGUCCCUUAAAAAGAGGUUAAGAAAGCUACUGGCAAAUGAUCAUGGUGAUACGGGUACAUAAAAGAUCAUAAAAGUAUUGAUGCUAUAUAUAUAUCACAGACUUUAAGUUGGCUAAAUAAAGGCGCGGUGCGACUAGUAAGUGAGCUUUUUCUACCUAAUUUCGCGAUUUUGGCGAGAGAGUAUUUCGCGAGGUUUUAUUUUCGCGAUUUCAACGCGCAAAUAUGAGAAAAGAACAUUAAAUUUCGCGAAUUAAGCAUUCUCAAAUCUCUAGUUAACCUGUAAAGCAAUGUGUGAAAGCUUUACAAAUUAACCUUGUUUCACUCUGAAUAUACAAAACGAAGUUUACCAGUCUAACCAGUUAACAAGUUAUAUUGUCGAUACAUAUCCCGUAUAUGAUGUUGCUAUUUCAAGUUAAUAUUUUUUUCCUGUGAUUUGAAUUUUCUACAUGAGUAUUUAAUUUCGCGUGCUUAAAUUUCACGAGGAUUUAUUUUCGCGGGUCCUUAUUUUUGCGAUUUUUUUACAAUCGGGAAAACGCGAAAUUAAAGACCCGUAAAAUAAAGUACCAAUAAAGGUAAGUACAGUUUUGGCGUUUGACAGCACUUCAACAAAACAAGUUCUUACGUGUUAAGCUACACAACUAAAUGCCUUUUCCAUAUUCUCUCUUUAUAGCGUUAAUCAACAAUGUAAAGGUUAAGGAAAUGAUCCGCAGGGAGCCGUCAGGACACCAUCCUAGGAAUCGAAGAGGGCCCCCGUUUGGACACCAUCAUGGGAUUCAGAGAGGGCCCCCGUUUGGACACCAUCCUGGGAAUCAAAGAGGGCCCCCGUUUGGACACCAUCCUGGGAAUCAAAGAGGGCCCCCGUUUGGACACCAUCCUGGGAGUCAAAGAAGGCCCCCGUUUGGACACCAUCCUGGGAAUCAAAGAGGGCCCCCGUUUGGACAUUAUCAUCAUCCUCAUAACAAUAACAACAACAACAAUAACAACAACAACAACAACAACAAUAACAACAACAAUAACAACAAUAACAACAACAACGGCGUUAUAGAAACCCUCUAUUGUGAAUAUGGCAAAUCAAGUUGUGAAUGCAAAGAAGAGGCAGAGGUUUGUAUAUUCAACCUUGAAAUUGACGAAAUUCAAACCUUCACCAGUUAUGAAAAGUUGUUCGUAAAUGAACCUACAGGAAUAGCUACGCGUGGCUUCGAAGGAGUGGGUUAUUAUAUCAAUGAAAGUGGAAUACCUCUGCCAGGACCUCAGCCUCUGAGUGACCCUACUGCACAAUGUGCAACACCGAACAAUGCGAAUUGCACUAGCCCUCAGUUUGUAGAUGGUAAAACGUACCUUAUGGCAAUAGCCGUCAACGGACAAAUUCCUGGACCUACCUUGAUUGUUCACGAGGGGCAAACUGUUAUUGUUCAUGUUGACAACAAGCUUACUACUGAAGGUAUUUCCGUUCACUGGCAUGGGAUGCACCAGAAAGAAGCACCUUGGAUGGAUGGCGUCGGACAAGUAACUCAAUGUCAUAUAGGACCCUCAUCUAGAUUUUCAUACAAGUUCAAGGCUAGUCCUUCUGGGACGUUUUGGUACCACUCUCACAGUGGCACUCAAAGAACAGAUAGCUUAUUCGGUGGUCUUAUAGUUAAAGAAAAAAAAGAACGAAUAGAAAAGCUCACUCAGCUUUUAAACGUUGAAUUUGAGGACCUUCCAGAUCAGCAUACCUUAACGCUUAUCGAAUGGCAACAUCAGGCAUCCUUGGAUCUCUUCACACAGUUUAAAGCUGGUGGUUUUUUAAAAGACAAGCCGAUUGGCGAGGUACCAAUUAAAGGCGACGAGCAACUUUUCCCCACAGUUAGUUUUGAUCGCGGAGGGGCUGGCCCUAUCCCGUAUUUUUCUGGAAUCAUAAAUGGCAAAGGAAGGCAUCCUGAUGUUCCAUACCCUAAAACAAGACUGAGCAUAUUUACUGUUGAGCCCAAAAAGACAUAUCGCUUCAGGCUGAUUGGAGCCCAAGAAGGGUACGCUUACAAAUUCUCCAUUGAUGGUCAUAAGCUGACUGUGGUGGCCACAGACGGCUAUUGGAUUAAACCCAUAGAUGAGGUUGACUACAUCAUUAUCCAAACCGGAGAGAGGUAUGACUUUCUACUAAAAGCAGGAGAAGAAGUAAAAGACUACUGGAUACGUGCAGAGACGCUGGAGAUAAAUGACCGAGCGAAAGGGCCACCCUACCCGACACUAAACCAUGUGGCAGAGGCUAUUCUGCACUACAAAGAAGGAACAAAGAGGGGGAAAUCCGGAUGA